AUGUUCGACGACGGACCUGGACUUUACUUGGCCACAUCGGCCUUGGCACUAACUUUUUUAAGCUAUUGUCGAAAAUAUUGGCUCAAUCGUUUGUGUCCUCCCCUGCCGCCUGGUCCUACCCCCCUCCCAAUUGUAGGAAAUGUUCUCAGUCUUGAUGCCGCUCGACCUUGGCUGACCUUCAACGCCUGGAAAUCCACAUAUGGCGAUAUCAUAUAUGCUCGUCUGCUCAACAAGCCUGUCAUCGUGAUAAAUUCUGAGGAGAUUGCGAAAGACCUUUUUGAUGGGCGGUCCAAUAUAUAUUCGGAUAAACCCCAGUCGAUUGUUUACGAACCCUUCGCGUCGGACUUCAACACAGCGCUCUUGCCAUAUGGAGACAGGUGGCGCCUGCACCGACGGAUGUUUCAUCAGGCAUUUCGUCAAGCUGAGAUACCUGCUUAUCACGCUUUGCAACUCCGUUCCGCCCACAAAAUGUUGUUUAGUUUUCUACAAGACCCAGGCAAUUAUCCAAGCCAUGUUAAGAUGUUCGGUGCUUCGUUUAUAAUGUCUAUUGUGUAUGAUUACGAAGUGAAAGCCGAGGAUGACACCAUCCUUCAUGUCAUAGAAAAGUAUGUGGAACUGAUAGUUGAAGCGUUGACGCCAGGCGCUACUGUGGUAAUGGAAACAUUCCCUUUCCUUUUGAGGCUACCUAGCUGGUUUCCUGGUGCCACAUUCAAGCGAGCAUCAUUGGAGUGUCUGAAUGCAGGCCAUGAUGUGAAGGAGAUACCCUUUCAACAUGUCAAAGAGAGGAUGUCCACGGGCGACGCGGCACCGUGCUUUGUGACUGAGAAUUUGAACAGGACGAGGCUUUCUGAUAAGGACGACAUAGUCAUUACAACUGCAAUCAAGGAGACUGCUGCCAUCGCAUUUGCAGGGGGGGUUGAAACGACUUCUUCCACGUUGCUUGUUUUCCUUCUUGCUAUGGUACUCCACCCAGAAGCACAAGCCAAAGCGCAUGCGGAGAUUGAUCGAGUCGUUGGCAAAGAUAGACUUCCCUGUUUCGAUGAUAGGCCUGCGUUGCCUUUCGUGGAAGCUAUUUUGCGUGAAACACUCAGGUGGUGUCCUGUGUUUCCGUUCGGCGCUCCGAGCGCAACAACGACUAGUGAUAUCUACAAAGGUUAUUUCAUCCCUAAAGGUCAGGAUCAUACUGUUCUGGCGAAGGUGGCUAAUGACCCAGAUUAUCAGGGGUUGUUGGCGAUGACACAUGAUGAAACGAAGUACCCCAGUCCUGACGAAUUCAAGCCCGAACGAUUUCUCCAUGAUGAUGGGUCCCUCACAAGCGACAGGAUGCAUUUAGGCUUUGGCUGGGGUCGCCGCAUGUGUGUGGGACGACAUGUCGCAGACGCGUCACUCUGGAUCGCGAUGGCGAGCUUCUUGGCCGUUUUCUCGGCCCACAAAGCUCUUGAUGAUCAUGGCAUGGACAUCCCGGUCAUUCCAAAGUUCUCCACUGGGCUCGCUAUUCAUCCAGAAGAAUUUCCCUACCGCAUUGUCCCGCGAUUCUCGUGUACAUCUGAGACAUUGAAGCACUUGACUGGAUUAGAGCAAUUGUGA